AUGAGGGUCGAAACCGUGUUGCAGCUAUGCGUGGUGCUGCUGGCCAACUCCGCUUCGGCCAUGGGCAUUCGACGAGGCAUCGGCACCCCCAACAAUCGUCACAUUCGACGAGCUUCUCCCCCCUCUCCACUGCCCAUAACCGUCCGGCAAGAAAACGCAGGUCAUCAGCAGCCCAGCUCGUAUGCGCCGGCCGUAUACCCAUCCUCGUCAUCCACGACGUCGUACACCACCACCUUCGCCAAAAACGCCACCUCGACCACGUCCUCUCCUUCUUUUCAGUCCACCUCCCAUCACCCUGAACCCAUAGACUCUGCCGCUUCGUGCCAGGGCAGUGUACAUGGCACAGAAUGUUCCCAGGACAGCCACGGGAACGGCCGCUACACCCAGGCCGCCUUGCCGGUCAACGACGAGCAAGAGUGCAUCAGCAGGCCACGCGGCAAUAGGCCGAUAACCAAGUUUUCGAUAACACAUACGUCGACGGUGACGUUUUAUGGCAAAAAGGGCGACUACACUCCGCCGUUCCCACCCAUCGUGACCCCCGUCUAUUGUCCACCGGCCGACGCGGCCAAUCCCGAGGUGACUCCGCCACCCCUCUUGCACGGUUCGGGUCUCCUGGGAAGCCCGAGAAAGAGCAACGCCAGGUUGAUGCCGGCCUUCGCCGGGUCCAUCAUUACGUUCAUCACGACGGAUAAGAAUCCUGCAGUUGUCUUCUCCGAGGAACCGCCGCCUCGCUUCCAACCAACCUUGGGUCCGGACCAAGGUGGACAGGCCGGCGGUGUUGUCCACAAGUCGGCAAGCGACAGCGGUGGUGGUGGCGGUGGUGGUGGCGGCGAUUCUGGGAAGAACAUUCCGGCCGGAAACGUUCAUCGGCCUCCCAUAACAAGUGCACCCCGUCCGAGCUUUCGAGUCGUCGCCCAGGGACGCCAGGUCAUCAUCAACGACAAGACCUUCUCGGAUGCGGAACCCGGCGCGGCAUCACGCGUCGUUGCCGUUGAUGGCGCGCUUUUUACCAUACUUCCCAACGCCGUCGUCGGCGUAGGAGCGACGGUGCAACGGCCACUUCCACCCAACAGGCCUGUUUCCGUCGCGACGCCGGUGGUGGCCGUCGUCGGUGGCCUAGACGUCACCAUAUUCGAAUCGCACGCCGUCGUCGGUGGUGUCACGUUGAAGCUGCCCGAAGGCAGAACGGCCACCGUCGUCAACGGACAUAGUGUCUCAAUUAGCCCGGGCACACUCACCGUCGACGGCGAGACCCUCCAUUUUAAACCCAACGAGCCGGCGCAGGAGCUGGGUGUCUUGGUGAGCGGGGGCGAGCUUCUUACCGCUGUGGGACAGAGCAUCGUUGUCAUUCACUCAACCACCAUCACCUAUGGUCCUGGAAUCCCCGACAGGUUCGAGGCCGUUGACGGAGACACCAUCACCAUAGGUCCCUCCGGUGUUUCCGUGCACGGCAUCGUCCUAGGCGGACCGUCGGCCAAUCCCACCACGACAGACUUCGAGAUUGUGGGUGGAGCAACAAUCACGAGAAUCCCGCCCACCAUCGCCGUCAUAAAUGGAGUUACAUUUGUCCUCGGGCCGGGCACUUCGUGGACCACGACGGUCAUUGGAGGGCAAACAUUCACCAUAGGGCCGACGGGCCUCGUGGUCGGAGCCAUAACUCUAAACUGUCCCUUUGGCGCAGAGAUUGCUACGACCAUCGUCCCGAGCGGCACAUGGCUUGACGAACGUCCCAUCGAGACGGCGGGGAAGCAGCAUGACGCCGAUGAUAGUGCAGGAAGUAUGCUGCCACCUGGACGUUGGAUAGCAUGGACGGCUCUUUGCAUAGCGGCUGGCGUUGGAGGUUGGGUCUAA